AGGGUUCUUUGGGCAAAAAAGGCUUUCAGGGGCUUCCUGGACCACCAGGACCAGAGGGCCACUCUGGACACGAUGGAUUGAAGGGACCCACGGGGCUAAUGGGAGCUCCAGGGGCCACCGGCAUGAUUGGACCACCGGGGGUGAAUGGCUCUGAGGGGGAUCCAGGGCCAACUGGUCUCCGAGGUCGUAAAGGCCCUCCAGGCCCUUCAGGAUUAGCAGGAGAGAGAGGCCCACCUGGACCCGGGGGGCCCCAGGGACAGCCAGGAAUUGAUGGCCCUCCUGGUUCAAAAGGAGAUGUGGGUGAAAUAGGGCCUGUGGGAGCAAAGGGAUUGCCUGGCAUCGAAGGGGCCAUGGGGAUGAUGGGAAUUCCUGGUCUGAAAGGAUUUCCAGGUGGCACAGGCCAUAGAGGACUGGAUGGUGACAAAGGGAAUGCUGGACCCAAAGGAGACAGGGGCCCCCCUGGUGCUGCAGGGAUCCAAGGUCACCAAGGGGAAAGGGGUGUUCGCGGCCCCACAGGUCUUCCAGGGGUGAGAGGUCAGCCUGGGCCCCAAGGAAAAGCGGGUGAAGAGGGCGAGGCAGGUCUCCAAGGAGUGGUUGGGAAGGAGGGGCCAAAGGGCAACAGGGGCAAACCAGGACAAAACGGGAAGAUAGGACCCAAAGGACCCAGGGGUCGCAUAGGACUCCCUGGCCUGUUUGGCCUACCUGGCAUGCCGGGUUUUAGAGGCCAUGUUGGGAUUGAGGGAUCAGAAGGAAAGCCUGGUACACAGGGUGGUCCUGGUUCAGUCGGUAUCCCUGGGCCGAAGGGAGACAGAGGGUUUCCAGGUAUGGCUGGUGAUCCAGGGCAAGCAGGGCCUCCAGGUUCUCCGGGUCCACCAGGACUGCCGGGUCAAGAUGGGAUUCCUGGAGCGACUGGUGAGAGGGGCCUCACAGGAAAAGCAGGAGUGGUGGGCCCCCAGGGACCAGUGGGCAUUUAUGGUUACCCUGGAGCACUGGGUUUGAUGGGGCGACCAGGCCACAUGGGGCAAAGGGGAGAUGCUGGUGUCAGAGGCCCUACUGGCAUCCCGGGAAAGACAGGACCUCUGGGUUUACAAGGCCCCCGUGGUGAGAGAGGACCUCCUGGACCACAGGGCCAUCAGGGAGCGAUAGGACCCAAAGGCUUCCAGGGACUACCAGGCCCUCUAGGACAGCCAGGACCAGAGGGUAGCAUGGGGAACCCCGGUCCUCUAGGGAGCUUGGGGCCUCCAGGGCCACCAGGGCCGGUGGGACCCAGAGGGUUUCCAGGAACACCAGGGUUUGAUGGACUGAUGGGUCAAGCUGGAGAGAAAGGAGUGCAGGGAUCACUGGGUCCUGCUGGUGAGGUUGGUCCACCGGGACUGAACGGACAACAGGGUGCUCCAGGUCCCAUUGGUGAAGACGGGCCUCCUGGAACAAAGGGUGACCAGGGAGCCCCAGGCCCCCAGGGGCGACCAGGGCCCGAGGGACUAAAGGGAGAACCAGGACCUGAGGGCUCACACGGGCUGCAGGGUGUGCCUGGGCAGAGAGGCAAAGAGGGAAAUGUCGGAGAACUUGGCAUUAUGGGGGAUCCAGGUGCUAAAGGAUCAAAGGGAGAUGUAGGAAGCCGUGGAGUGACAGGAUCAGACGGGCCUCCAGGGGGUCCAGGCAUCCAAGGACCGAGAGGGUCAAAAGGAGAGAAGGGUUAUGCAGGGCUGAUGGGUCAAGGGGGCUUGCUGGGUAAAAUUGGACCAUCAGGUUUGUUGGGACUACAGGGUUUUCCAGGCAUUUUUGGAAUGCCGGGGCCUGAUGGACCACCAGGACAAAAGGGAGAAAAAGGUCCUGCUGGUUUGACUGGGGACACUGGAACUCUAGGUGCUAAGGGGGAGGCUGGGAGCACAGGAGUGAAAGGUGACAAAGGAAAAGUUGGACCAGCAGGGUCUGCAGGAACCAGGGGAAGACUAGGGGACACUGGUCCAAAGGGUUUUUCUGGACCUGAAGGACCAACAGGAGAGCCUGGGGAGAACGGGGAGCCAGGAGAGUCAGGUCCUGAUGGCCUGCCAGGUGAGAAAGGGCCAACAGGACCACCAGGAUCAGAAGGGGUGGAAGGUGAGAUGGGACUUCAGGGGACUGUUGGUCCAUCAGGACCACAGGGGCCAAAAGGUGGACCUGGGUCAGAGGGCAGGAAAGGACAGAAAGGUCAAAAGGGGAACAGUGGUCACAGUGGACGUCCAGGGAAGGAUGGACGCAGUGGGAGAAGGGGGAGGCGUGGAAAAGCUGGAGCUAGAGGCUUGAGAGGACUGCGAGGCGCAAAGGGAAAGAAGGGAGAUUUUGGCCCAUUUGGUUCUCCGGGGAGACAAGGGGCUUAUGGAGAAGUUGGCUCACGUGGAGAAAAAGGUGAAAUGGGGCAACCGGGCUUGAAGGGAGAACCUGGAAUUUUAGGACCACCCGGCCUUUAUGGCAAAGAGGGCGAAAAGGGGGUCCAAGGCCUUGUUGGAGAGCCUGGGAGAGCUGGUCCAAAGGGAGAGCAGGGGGAUAUUGGUCCACCUGGGAGGCUGGGCGCCCCAGGCCUGCCGGGGUUACCUGGCUUGUUUGGACAGAAGGGACUAAAAGGAUAUAGUGGACCAGCAGGUCCUGUUGGAGAGAGGGGCUUACCUGGGCCACCUGGGCCACCUGGACCACCAGGAUCCUCACUGAACCUCACGCUCAGUCAGCUGAAGGACCUCAUGCACAUGUCAGACAAGCCCAAUUACUUCCUGGUCCAGACUCUGUUAGACUCCCUUCAGAGAGACCUGCGCUGGUUCCUAGACCCACCGGACGGCACCGCACAGCACCCAGCCACCACCUGCCUGGAGCUGUGGCUAGCCCACCCCAACGCCUCGAAUGGGAUGUAUUACAUUGAUCCUAACCAGGGCAGCCCAGCUGAUGCUUUUCAGGUCUACUGCGACUUCACAGCUGGGCCAAAGACCUGCCUGUUUCCACUCCAAUCUCAGGUUCCAGUAAAAGCGUGGCUGAAGGAUUCUGGCACUGAUGUCUCAUUUCACUGGUUGAGCACUGUUGACGAGGGCUUCCAGCUUGAGUAUCCAGGAGCAGAUGUGGUGCAGAUGCGGUUUCUGAGGCUGAACAGCAGAUUCUGUGCCCAGAACGUCACCUACUCCUGCGGGCCGGGGAGCAGACAGGGCUUCAGCGAGAGGGAGGUCAAGUUCCUGGCUGAUACGCGCAGGCAGAGUUACGUGGGGGCGCUCAGAGACUGUGUGCCUUCAACAGAGCCGGAGUUAAGAUCGCACCAGUCUGUUUUCCAGUUUGAGAGUGAAGACCUCCAGAUGCUGCCCCUCAGGGACCUGGCAGUGUCUGGCAACAAUGAGAUAACCCAGGAGUUUGGCUUCACCAUCGGGCCUGUGUGCUUCAGCUAGAUGAGGGAGGCCCCGGAGCCUCUGUGCAGGGUUCACACUGCAAGCAACUUAGCUGAUGGGUCACUGAGUUCUGACCAAACGUGAGCAGGGUGAUGGGCUCUGACUGCAUCUACAUUGUGGUCUGCACUUACAAAAUAUGGAGCAAGUUUGAGCAAUGAUGUAUUUUUCGCUGCUUUGGUACUACUUUUCAUAACGUUACAUUGUUUUGAUGAGUUAUCAUUACAAGCUAUUAAGUAAUAAUUAUGUAGCAUUGAUCAAAAAUAUGCAACAGAAAAGCAUUAAUAUUACUUCAGAGUCUCAAACCCAAUUAUGGAUGCAACCAUUCCUCAAGCAUCAGUUUAUAGAUGUUUACUGCUAUUGUCGUUCAAGUAAAGGGAAACAGAGAAAGCUUUGAAUGGAGGGAAGGGAUUGGAGGGAAGCUUGAAUUGCUGUCCAUUUUGAAGAAGUAUUUGUUCAUAAAACAAAAUCACAUUGGCAAGGAUCAAGGAAGUGCAUGAAUCCAUUUGUCGGCCAAUGAUUGUGAAAAGUUCAGCCAUGGUCAAGUCUUCUCAGACGACAACUCGCCCACAGAGCUUCCCUGGUCGCUCAUCUUUUUAAGAAUUGAAUGGACUUCUGGUGACUUGUCAAUUUUGUUGCUUGCAGAGUGAACACUGGGUCAGGAAUGACCAAGCACAGCCAACAGAAACUGACGGUACUCUGGGAAAAAGUGCGCCUUUCCCCUUUAUGAAGGUUUCCUCUUCAAAGACAAGACUGUUGGCAUGUCCACUUUUUGGACCAGGGAUAUUUUGAACCUGAAGUUCUUGAGGUUAACUAUCUUUUGUACAUUUUGUUUACAUGUAUUUGUGUUGUAGAAACCGGUGCUUAUUUAUGUAUUUGGUUGAACUGACAAUCAUUCAGUCAUUUUUAUUUUGAUUCAGGUAUAUUUUGACUCAGAUUACUGUGGUUAAUGGUAGUCGAUAUUGGACUAUUGGGGUAUCUGAAAAGGCUGGAAUCACAUGGAAAAUACACACUCCUUCACAGAGCUGUAAAUACCGCCAUCUUCCAGACACAAUUACAAAGGGAAACCAUGUUAAAUUGUGUAUGAGACAUCCAGAUCAGCAGCUGUAGUAGUACCAUUACAUACAACUGCUGUACAGAGCACCAUUUCUUUCUUUCAACGGAGCAUAUCUAGAUUGGCAGCAGCAAAGGUAUCAGUGAUUCACUGCCGCAUAUAUUGCAGAUUUUUUUUACUGUCACAAGAAUUAAAAUUCUCAUUUAGACAGCCCCAGAAACCAAAGUCUUUGUUAUAAAAAUAUACCCAUGUCAUCAGCUUAAAUCACUGUGGAGCAGUGGGCAGAGAAAAAUGCCUCAUCCUCGCUAAGCAAACUGCUAUGGAUUCAGCCUGUUGGGCCAGAUGAAAUUCUGAUGUCAGUACAGUUACUGGUGCAGAAUCUUCUCUACACAUUAAAUAACGAGCAAACAUUAGAGUGAAUCCAAGCUGUCUCCUGAACUGCUGCGAGCGAGGCUAGACUCAUCAGUGUUAGAUCUUUCACCGCUCUCGUCCUUCCCGAGUAUAUUUUGAAAUAAGGCAUCACCGACUAGCUGGGCUGAUAAACAGAAAACACUAAACUCUUGCUGCCAAUGUGCAAAGCAGCUUAACCUUAAUAUCAUGGCUCAGACAUAAUCUCUGACAAGAAAAUAAAUCCCUAUGAUUCCAGACUUUUCGGACACCUUAUUAUAACUUAACAAUGUGUCCACAUUGGAGACAUAGCCAAAACCUACUCACUGUUCUCACUCCACCUCAAUGUCUUCAGUGACGCUGCUAAUUAUGUGUGCCUGGAUAAAAAAAAAAAUUAAAAAAUGACAGUGGUUUCCUCCCCAUCUUAAAGGAAAAUACACCCUUAAAGCAAAAUUGAACUUUAGUAGAGUGUUGGAUGGUAUAGGUACCUUGAUGUGAUGUGAGUCCACAUGCUGGUGAAAAAUCCUCAUUAGCUGCUCAGUGCUCCUCUGGGCUGAUAAUCCACAAAACUGUAUUUCUGUCUCUCCAUUCACUUCCAUAAAGGUUAAAACAGCUCUCAGAAUAACACGUUUAGCACAUACACAAACACCAACAAAGCAGAUUAUGCCAGUAUAAAAAAAACACAAAUCCCGGUACCCAUUUUUUGAGGAAGUUAAAAAGCUCUUUUCUUGUUGUUUUUCUAUUUGAAUUGGAAAGUAGAUCUGGCAGAAAGUGUCUGCAGGAAACUUCCACGUAGUAACCUUGCUCCAUUAAGAAACAACCUGAUACAAAUAGUUGUAUUUACAUGCAAUAAAUGGGUACUGGGGCUUGUUGUUUUUUAUAUUGGCAUAAUCUGCUUUGUUCGCUGAUCUUGGGAGCUGUUUUUCCACACCAUAGAAUUGAAUGGAGAGACAGAAAUACAGUAUUGUGGAUCAACAGCUCACAAGGUAGAGGAGGAUAUCUCACCACCAUGUGUACUCAUGUGAAUUACAGGCAAUGAUAGAGCCUAACACUCUCCCAGAGUUCAGUAUUGGUUUAACAUGCUUUAACCCUCUUAAUAACAGAUAUUGGCGAGGUACUUGGGAUCUUUUUGUUUCGUAAUAUAUAUUUCUUAUAACUGUACUGCCGUGUUGAAAUAUUUCCAGAAAAGCUAUGAUGGAGUUUGAUAGCAACAUUUUUUUUUAUUAGCUAAAGCAUCAGUGGUAAACAUUUUGGUUUUGGUGUCAGUUCCACAGAAUGAAAAAGUGAGGGCUUCUUUCUCAAGUCACUAUUUUGCACGAGUGUUCGUAUGGGGGAAAUCCAUCAUAGAAGAGGUAAGAGGUAGCAAUUUCUCCACACAUAAAUAGAUCAGUAAUGCAGCCACAAGACAUAUUGCAUUUUAACUCAUUAUGGAAAUGUAGACAAUAAUUAUCUGAAGUACAGAUAGACAAGUAGAAGAUGUUGGUACACCAAACAAAGUGAAUUUCAGCAUGACUUAGGUGUUCAUUAUGUAACAGCAUCCAAGGUGCGGUUUUGCCUUUAACGUAGUGUCACCUUGCCUCCUCAUUUCCCGUCCCUUGCAGCAGUCCUGACUACCUCUGCUUAUUUCUCUGUGUGAUGCAUUUCUCCUACAUAAAGACAUAAAUGCAUGACAAACUGCCAUGUUGUACCUAAGGAAUAUAUUCCAGUACAUCCUGUGCCAUUUACUGUUGGAGAACCAGUCACUUCAAUCUCAUGAAUUGUUAAAUGUGUCCACCACGGCACUAAUGUAAAUACAUAAUGCGACUGCUGUAGAUAUUUUUUACGAGCUGAGUUCGCAUUGCAUGUCGGCUUUAUUAAUAAUACUUCAGUCUCAGUGUAAAGAGAUGUAAUUCCAUCUCUCGUUUCCCAAAGCUGUCUCCUGUUAUUUGUUUUUAUUUGUUUGAACAUUCUUAAUUUAUGUUGUAUAGAUUUUAAGUUGUUUUUUUUUUUUUCUUACCCACUUGAGAAAUAAUUCUUGUUUUCUCAUUAUUUUGU